AUGCACACCACCAAGUCGCACAUGAGAAGGGUGUUUAUUAUGAACGACUGCAAUGAGCUGAUGCAAAAAUAUCUUGGUCCCUUGGGGAAUGUUGUGGAUUCCUAUGACUUACCAGUCAACAAUUCCCAUGAAAGGCUACACCGGAACAAGAUUCUGCAAGUUAUCAAGAAGAAACACAUUGAAAUGUUCAGCAAGAUUGCUGAAAACAAGAAAGAUGGAGAAGCUGUGGUGAUAUCUAAUGAGAGGAAUUCUGCAUCGGGGAGAACUUCUCACUCUAGAUUUAUGGAGGAGGGUAGCUGUAGUGAGGUGCAUCUUUUGGGAUGGGGUAUUGCUAAGGCUUUAGUCAUGUUUAAGAAGGAUGAUGGUUCUAGUUUCCAUUAUUUGCCCCCAUGUUUGAUUAUUCAUGAGAAUGGCAAGACUGAUGAAGCUGUUAAGUUGAUCAUGGGUGCAAUGGAACAAGUGGGUGGAAUAUAUAUGGUGAUUGGUGUGGUGGUUGCAGAUCAUGGUAAGACUGAUGGCAAGAAGAAGAGGCCACCUGAGAGAAUUUGGGUGUCAUGCAUUAAUUCUAUCCACCUUGAGGAAAAGGUGGUUCUUUUGGGGUAA